AGAUUUAUAUUUUAUAUUUGUAUAUUUAAUCAGAUUAUUAUACUCUGCUGUAUGUAAAACUCAAUGAAAUUGGGAUGUUAAACAAAGAUAAACAAUCACAAAAAGAGGCUACAAAGUAAAAAUUUGGGAGAGACUUGGAGAGAAAGAGAGGGAGAGAGAGAGGUCGUUGGUUCACUUUGAAGAUGAACGGCGGCCCAUCUGGUUUCAAUAAUGCUCCGAUCACUAGAGCAUUUGUAAUAAGCUGUGUGAUCUUCACACUUGUGUUUGGGAUCCAAGCUCGUUCUAACAACCUCGGCAUCUCAUACCAGGAUAUUUUCCAGAAGCUUAAACUUUGGAAGCUAGUUGUAUCAGUUUUCGCCUUCUCAUCCACACCGGAGUUGAUGUUUGGAGCUUAUUUAUUGUACUACUUUCGAGUGUUCGAGAGGCAGAUAAGUUCUAACAAGCACUCUGUGUUUAUCUUGUUCUCUUUGAGUGUGUCUUUGCUGCUUGAGUUCCUGGCAGUAGCACUUCUAAAAGAUCCAUCCUUAAAUUCACUCACAUCUGGCCCAUACUGGCUUAUAUUUUCUGCAUUUGUACCCUUUUUCUUUGACAUUCCAAUUUCGACCCGGUUUCGUGUUUCUGGCCUCCGCUUCUCCGACAAGACUUUUAUAUAUUUAGCAGGUCUUCAGCUUCUCUUAUCAUCCUGGAAGAGAUCUAUUAUACCGGGGAUAUGUGGCAUUCUUGCGGGUUCCUUAUAUCGGUUAAAUUUUUUUUACAUCCGAAGAUUGAAGUUUCCAGAGUUUAUUGCCUCGUUCUUUUCAAGGCUUUCUUUACCUUCGGUUGGGAGUACAUCAUCUGCUGUACCAACUAGAAAUGUUCUGGGAAAUGUCCCUUCAUAUGCAGCAGGUCGCCAAGUGGAGGUAAACCAUCCCACGCCAGUAUCAUCUACACCAGAACCGCCAGAGGAUUCGAUUGCAACACUUGUUUCAAUGGGUUUUGAUAGGAGCUCCGCCAGACAAGCACUUGUCCAUGCCAGAAAUGACAUCAACACUGCAACAAAUAUCCUUCUCGAGUCGCAGUCUCACUGAUCUAAUGAAAUUAUUUUUCUUACUCUCCAGUAUAGGAAGUUAGCUAUAGAAUGGAAGUGGAGUUCGAUGCAUGGAGACUAUAUCAUCCUUAAAGGUAACGAAGAUCGGAUAGAUCUGGUGCUACAAAAAAUUCCAUGUCGUCACGAAAUUUCCUUUUGUUUUUUGGGGCCUCUGUUCUCACUUGAACUCAAUUAUUCUAGCUCUUAGGCAUAUGUACACCGACUACUAUUGAAAAUAGGACCUGCUGGAUUGUUUGACUUGACAUCUGCAAAUUAUAUGUAAAGAUAUGUAGAGUUGCAGGUCCCAACCUUGCACAUAUUUUUCAGUUA